AUGGGAGGAGAUCAUGGGCAGAGAGGAAAAACUAAUAGCAGCGCUGCUCACCUGAGACCUGAGAUUCUCCCAUGAGUUUUGAUUAUGCUCUGCUCCUUACAGCAAAUACACCAUUUUUAAAAGUACCAUUCUUUUGACUUUGCUGUUACUUAAGGGUUCUGUGAUAUUCCGGCCCCUCCGUUUAAAAGCCAGCAGACUUGAGAGCAAUAAGUCUUCAAAACCGGGAAUUUACAUUGUUUUUCAGCUGACCGACUUCCAGGACAAGGACUCAACCGCAUCUACCCAAAUACCAUGGCACUGCUUGCGCCCUUUGCCACCGGAUCCUCCCCUUCCAAUGAGACUUUCUGAUUGUGUCUACCAACUCUCCUAUUAGGAAACCCGUGGGUUGCAUGCAGCUAUUCUGUUGUAUUCUCAUUCUCACUCUCCCUCCCUUCUCUCACUCUCACUCUUGCUGGAGGCAAGCCACUACCAUUCUGCUAAGAAGGAAAAGCCUACAACUGCCUUAAGAGAUUAAGACAGUAUGCGCAAUCCUCAAUUUUCGUAGCAAUCACUGUUUAAAUCUGGCAAGAGCUGACAACAGUCUUUGCAAGAAUGGAAUCGGUAAAACAAAGGAUUUUGGCCCCAGGAAAAGAGGGGCUAAAGAAUUUUGCUGGAAAAUCCCUCGGCCAGAUCUACAGGGUGCUGGAGAAGAAGCAAGACACCGGGGAGACUAUCGAGCUGACAGAGGAUGGGAAGCCCCUAGAGGUGCCGGAGAGGAAGGCGCCGCUGUGCGACUGCACGUGCUUUGGCCUGCCGCGCCGCUACAUCAUCGCCAUCAUGAGCGGCCUGGGCUUCUGCAUCUCCUUCGGCAUCCGCUGCAACCUGGGCGUGGCCAUUGUGGACAUGGUCAACAACAGCACCAUCCACCGCGGGGGCAAGGUCAUCAAGGAGAAAGCCAAAUUCAACUGGGACCCGGAAACCGUGGGGAUGAUCCACGGUUCCUUCUUUUGGGGCUACAUCAUCACCCAGAUUCCGGGAGGCUACAUCGCAUCUCGGCUGGCAGCCAACAGGGUGUUUGGAGCUGCCAUACUUCUUACCUCUACCCUAAAUAUGCUAAUUCCGUCAGCAGCCAGAGUGCACUAUGGAUGUGUCAUCUUUGUUAGAAUACUGCAGGGACUUGUUGAGGGUGUUACCUACCCAGCAUGUCAUGGGAUAUGGAGCAAAUGGGCCCCACCUCUAGAAAGGAGUAGACUGGCAACUACUUCCUUUUGUGGUUCUUAUGCUGGAGCUGUGAUUGCAAUGCCUUUAGCUGGCAUUCUUGUACAGUAUACUGGCUGGUCUUCAGUAUUUUAUGUCUAUGGAAGCUUUGGAAUGGUCUGGUACAUGUUUUGGCUUUUGGUGUCUUACGAAAGUCCUGCAAAGCAUCCUACUAUUACAGAUGAAGAACGUAGGUACAUAGAAGAAAGCAUUGGAGAGAGUGCAAAUCUUUUAGGUGCAAUGGAAAAAUUCAAGACUCCAUGGAGGAAAUUUUUUACAUCCAUGCCGGUCUAUGCAAUAAUUGUUGCAAACUUCUGCAGAAGCUGGACUUUUUAUUUACUGCUCAUUAGUCAGCCAGCAUAUUUUGAGGAAGUCUUUGGAUUUGAAAUUAGCAAGGUUGGCAUGCUAUCUGCUGUGCCACACUUAGUAAUGACAAUUAUUGUGCCUAUUGGAGGACAAAUUGCAGAUUUUCUAAGAAGCAAGCAGAUUCUUUCAACUACCACAGUGAGAAAGAUCAUGAAUUGUGGUGGUUUUGGCAUGGAAGCCACACUGCUUCUGGUCGUUGGCUAUUCUCAUACUAGAGGGGUAGCAAUCUCAUUCUUAGUACUUGCAGUGGGGUUCAGUGGAUUUGCUAUAUCUGGUUUCAAUGUUAACCACUUGGAUAUUGCUCCAAGAUAUGCCAGUAUCUUAAUGGGCAUUUCGAAUGGUGUCGGCACAUUGUCAGGAAUGGUUUGUCCUAUCAUUGUUGGUGCAAUGACAAAGAAUAAGUCACGUGAAGAGUGGCAGUAUGUCUUCCUGAUCGCUGCCCUAGUCCACUAUGGUGGAGUUAUAUUUUAUGCAAUAUUUGCCUCAGGAGAGAAACAACCCUGGGCAGACCCUGAGGAAACAAGUGAAGAAAAAUGUGGAUUUAUUCAUGAAGAUGAACUUGAUGAAGAAACAGGGGACAUUACUCAAAAUUAUAUAAAUUAUGGUACCACCAAGUCUUAUGGUGCCACAACACAGGCCAAUGGAGGUUGGCCCAAUGGUUGGGAAAAGAAAGAGGAAUUUGUACAAGGAGAAGUACAAGACUCAUAUAGCUAUAAGGACCAAGAUGAUUAUUCAUAACAAAGCCAAUUACUGGAUUUAUUUUUAGUGUUUGUGAUUAAAUUCAUUGUGAUUGCACACACACACACACACACACACAAAACCCACAUGAUGUAAACAUGUAAACAUAACAACCAGGCAAGUCUUGCUGUAAAAAUGAAAUGAAAACAAACUCAUGAGGUUACCAUCAAGUGCAAUCUGUAAAAUUGUGAAGUUCCAUCAUUUCCAUUCAAGUCAUUCAUUCUUGCGUUUGUGACUUAAAGGUUAAUUGGUCAAAACUGUAGAAACAAGUAGUUACCCAUUGGGUUCAUAUGAGCUAAAACUCAUCACUAUUUAAUAAAGCACAACUAAAACAGUUGGCACAUCUCAUCCUACAAAAGUUAGGAAGCCAAAGCUACUUGAUCAUGCAAAAUGCACUUAUAUAUUUGUUACACUGCAUUGCAAGAUAUC